AUGGAUUUCAAUGGAGCAGUUUACUGCACGCUUCUGUUGAGUGACAAUUACCUUCCUGGUGCUAUGGUCCUUGCCCAUUCCCUACGCGACAAUGGCACAAAAGCGAAAUUAGUGGCGCUCUUUACGCCAGACAGACUACAAUCGAGCACCAUCGACGAGCUAAGGACCGUCUACGACGAGUUGAUCCCAGUGAGCUCAAUGGUAAACGACACGCCGGCGAACCUCUGGCUCAUGGACCGCCCAGACCUGAUUGCCACAUUCACCAAAAUCGAGCUCUGGCGCCUGACGCAAUAUCAGCGGGUCGUAUACAUUGAUUGUGAUGUCGUAGCUCUGCGAGCACCCGACGAGCUGUUAUCACUGGAAGCAGACUUUGCUGCCGCGCCUGACGUCGGUUGGCCAGAUUGCUUUAAUAGUGGAAUGAUGGUUCUCCGACCUAAUCUACAGGACUAUUAUGCGCUAAAAGCACUCGCCCAACGAGGUAUCAGCUUCGAUGGCGCCGACCAGGGUCUGCUGAACAUGCAUUUCCGGAACUGGCAUAGGCUAAGCUUCACGUAUAAUUGCACGCCAAGUGCUAAUUACCAGUACAUUCCUGCGUACAAGCAUUUCCAGAGUACCAUCAGUCUUAUUCAUUUCAUCGGUGCUCAGAAGCCGUGGAAUAUGCCGAGGCAGAUUGUCCCGCUGGAGUCUCCUUACAAUCAGCUUUUAGGCCGGUGGUGGUCUGUCUAUGACAGACAUUAUCGUCCGACAAUUGUACCGAGCGCGCCAGUUGAUAUUGAAAAAACGGUGUUGGCUCAAGGCGCACAAGUCCCUGCCCUGAAUUAUGGCCACGUCCCUCGCUAUGACAGCACCACCCGUUAUGAAAACACCCCUCAUUAUGAAACACAGCCUAUGUCUGAACGGCAGCCCUACCAUGUUGAAGUACCCGCAAGCUUUCACGAGGAAUCACACCAAGCACUGCCAGUCGAGCACGGCCAUUCAGAACCGCACCACGAACACUCUGCUCCCACUCAUGUACGCCAUGCUGCCGUGCCUGUAUUAAGCAUGGUACCGCAGUAUGUUCGCGGAGAGGAGCAUGUCUCAACCUUUAUCCCACCAUUGCCUUCUGCGCCAAUCACUUUUGCGCCUCAAGUGAGACACGAAACAUACGAGGCACAGAUACACACGCAGGAACAGACAGAGAUACAGACACAGUCGCAGUCGCAGUCGCAGGUACAGACACAGCCACAGAUACACUACCCCGAUGGCCAUAUUCAUCAACCACGGCCGCUAGCGCCAAUUUCUCCGAUUAUCGAGUAUCAAUCACCCCCAUCUCCGGUCCCAGAGGUUUCGACCUUUGAGGCGCCAAAAUCCGAGUGGGAUCCGUCGCGCGAGCCACCACCGGUCAACACAAAACCCGAAGGUCUCAGUUUACAACAGAAAACCUACGAUAUGUCCGAAGACACGCAUCUAUUCCAACCCCCGUCGUCCUAUCCGGAGGCACCGAAAAACAUGUGGUAUCAGGUUCCACCCAAGCCGGAUCCCAAACCCACCACGGUCUUCCCCUGGGAGAUCCAUGCCCCGAAACCCACCCGCGUCUUCGCCGAGGCGCCUGUGGAGUUAGUGGAAAGCCCUGUGGUACCUAAGGAACCAGAGCAGCAUUCGCUCCCAAGCGAGCCAGCCCCUCCCGGUCCCUCAUCUUCCUACACUCGGGUACCGUUCGAACCUAGUGCCGAAUCAUGGCAAACAUACAGCCGCUCUAACGCCUGGGAUGAGGACCCAGAGAUCCAACGCUACAUUGAGACAAUCCAAGCAAAGCGCACAAAGUCACAAGUGACCAGCCCAGGAGCCAACUCCAACAGUCCCGAUAAAUCACCCCCGACUCCAGGCUCCCGCCCCAGCACCAAGAUUACCGACUUUCCAACAGAAGACGAGCGCCCCAGUCUGCCCGUAACGCCGGCCCCAAUCCACCGCAUCAGCUACGGGGAUGAGGCCUCCGGUACGGCCACCCUUCCUGUUGCGGAGGGCGUGCCUAGCCAGGAGGAAUGGGUGGGUGUCACGGUUGAUGUGUUCUCUUCUCUCCUCGGCGCAACGUACUUAUUGUGGCGGUCUAUAGAAUCCCCUAGCUCAGCUCGAGGAGCUGCAUCGUCGGCACUCGGAGGUCUUGGAGCAUCCCGAGCUGCUGUUUAG